AUGCCCAGCUCCAUCAUCGUCCAGGGCGGGAAGAGCGAAUAUGUAGACGCCACCCAGCGCACCGAGACCUUCACGGGCGAAGUCUGGAGCCAGAUGGUGCUGGUUUCCGGCAACGUGGCCGCUGGCAACAACGUCUUCAUGCCCUGCUCCCGAACAUACUGGCACACGCAUGAAGGAGGACAAAUUCUAUACGUGACCGUCGGAUCUGGUUGGGUCUGCGACAAGGGGUCCGAGCCUCGCCGCAUCAAAGCGGGCGACACGAUCUGGGCGGAGCCGGGGACUACGCAUUGGCACGGGGCGGAUAAGAAUAGCUUCAUGUCGCAUCUUGCUCUGGGGAUUGGGAAGACUACAUGGCACGACGAGGUGAUCGACGACAUGUACAAGAAGUAG